UGUGAAAAACGACUUUAUAGGUGUUGCAGUAUUCAAUCCGACAGUUAUUGGCGGGACAUUGCAGAGUUGUUUUGUAUGUUUUAAUUUAAUUUAAGUAAUAAAUUUCUUAGCAGUUACUUUAAUUCUAAACAAAUGGGUGAUAAAGGAGAUACAGAAACAUUCGAUGAUGCGGUGGAAGAGCGGGUUAUCAAUGAAGAAUACAAAAUAUGGAAAAAGAAUACACCAUUUUUAUAUGAUUUGGUUAUGACCCAUGCUUUAGAAUGGCCGUCAUUGACAGCACAAUGGUUACCAGAUGUAACACGUCCCGAUGGUAAAGAUUAUUCGGUACAUCGAUUGAUUUUGGGUACACAUACAUCGGAUGAACAAAAUCAUUUAUUAAUUGCCAGUGUUCAAUUACCAAAUGAAGAUGCUCAAUUGGAUGCCUCACAUUAUGACAAUGAAAAAGGAGAAUUUGGAGGAUUUGGUUCAGUAUCUGGUAAAAUUGAAAUCGAAAUAAAAAUUAAUCAUGAAGGUGAAGUAAAUCGUGCACGGUAUAUGCCACAAAAUCCAUGUGUUAUUGCAACAAAAACACCAUCCAGUGAUGUCUUAGUAUUUGAUUAUACGAAACAUCCAUCAAAACCAGAUCCAAAUGGUGAAUGUCAUCCAGAUUUACGUUUGCGCGGACAUCAAAAAGAAGGUUAUGGAUUAUCUUGGAAUCCAAAUUUAAAUGGUUACUUGUUAUCGGCUAGCGAUGACCACACAAUAUGUUUAUGGGAUAUCAAUGCAACACCCAAAGAAAAUCGAAUUAUCGAUGCGAAAACAAUUUUUACUGGUCAUACAGCUGUUGUGGAAGAUGUAGCUUGGCACUUAUUACACGAAUCAUUAUUUGGAUCAGUUGCCGAUGAUCAAAAAUUAAUGAUCUGGGACACAAGAUGUAACAAUACCAGUAAACCAUCUCAUACCGUUGAUGCACACACCGCCGAAGUUAAUUGUCUUAGUUUCAAUCCCUAUUCAGAGUUUAUCUUGGCAACUGGUAGUGCUGAUAAAACAGUUGCUUUAUGGGAUUUAAGAAAUUUGAAAUUGAAAUUACAUUCAUUUGAAUCGCAUAAAGACGAAAUUUUCCAAGUACAAUGGUCACCACAUAAUGAAACUAUUUUGGCAUCGUCUGGUACUGAUCGCCGACUUCAUGUGUGGGAUUUAAGUAAAAUUGGUGAAGAACAAAGUUCUGAAGAUGCUGAAGAUGGACCACCAGAAUUAUUGUUCAUUCAUGGUGGACAUACAGCUAAAAUUAGUGAUUUUAGUUGGAAUCCAAACGAACCAUGGGUAAUUUGUUCUGUUUCCGAAGAUAAUAUUAUGCAGGUAUGGCAAAUGGCUGAAAAUAUUUAUAACGAUGACGAACAAGAUACUGCUUCCGAAUUAGAUACUGCUUAGAAAGUAUUGAAUAUAUUUUUUUUGUAAGAUUACUCCCCAAAUAAUUGGCUAUGCACCAAGUGCAUUUAUAAUCAUAUAUUGAUUUAAUCACAUACGACAGAUAAUCAAAUUUUCCAACAAUGUUGUUGCUGAUAUCUGCUGGUCAAUCUUUAGACUGAAGAAAAUUCGAUGAUUUGACAGGAAAAAUAUUUCAUAAGCAUCAUAUUCAUUAUUUGUCGUUUGUGAGAUAAUUUGAGUGAUUGAAUUUUCAUACCUAAUUGUAAUUUUAAAAAUUUCUAUGAACAUUUUUAAUAUUAAUUUAAUUAUUAUUUUCUUUUAAAUAUACCGGUUGUCUUUGAACUAAAAUAAAUGCUCAAUAAUCAAAUGAAUGUUAGGGUGUGCCAAGUCUCUAGCAUCUGAUUGAACAUAUACACUGACAUUUAAGUACACUGUUGUCAAUAGAACAGCUGUCAUUAAUCAAAUUGUUUAAUUUGUGCUGUGCAAAAUUGGUGCAGUAGAAGGCAGUUUACAAAUAAUUCUGUGCUACUGGAAAAAUUUUUAUAAAAAUUUUAUGUUUGGUAUAAGAGAAAUUUGGAAAAAAACUCCUUGCGUCCAUAAAAAAAAGCUCAUGUUAAUUUUUCGAUUUUAUUUUUGAAAACGGUACAGUAGAUCGUUCUGAAAUUUUGUAUAUACGUUUAGUAGGGGCAUCGAGCUUAUGAGUGAUUUUUUAAAUCAAAAUCCUAAGUAAAUAAGCAUUAUGUCCAUAGUACCUUAAUGUUUCCCCGGAUAAUACUUUUUGCCUUCUUUUCUUCUCAUUUCCUGAUCGUCUUUAUCAUUCAAACUUUCUUUAGAUUCACUUUCCUUUAUUUUUAAUAGAAAUUCCUGACAAAAAAUUUAAAAGGAAAGUGAAUCUGAAAAAAGUUUCAAUGAAGGAAACGAUCAGGAAAAUGAGAAGAAAAGAAGACGAGAAAUAUUAUUCUGAAGGAACCUUGGUAGUUUACCCUCUAGUUAAAGUAGUUUAGCAAACUAUGAUGUUAUGAGAUCAAGCAUUUAGAUUACUGCCACCCCCGAUUUAGUUUUACGUAUUACUUGAUCGCAUGUUUGGUGUGCGAUGGAAUCGUAUUAUAUUAGGCGAAGCUCGUAUAAUAGGUAAAACUAAAUUGGGGGUAGCAAUAAUCUAAAUUCUGAAAAAUGCCUUUAGAAUUGAUGAAAACAUUUUGGGAUUUUUCCUAAUUCCAUAUUAUCAGUUAAAAAUCCCGCCAGCAGGUAUUAAAUUUUUCCAUAUUUAAGAUGCCGCGAAAAUGUUAAACUAAUGCCACACAAAGACAUGCAUUAUCAUUUUAAUUAUGGCGGGAACAAAAGACCUGUUGGAGAUAUAUUAGCUGAUGAUAUGUUAUUUAGAAAAAAACCGAACAAUGUUUUCAUCGAUUUUGAAGACAAUAGAGAUGAUUGAAAAAAAAUAAAAAGGAAAAUGAAUUUGAGGCAAAGCUCCAAUGGUAGGGGAGCCCAAGAGGGGAUUUGUGUAGUUACUCGAGCGCGUCAGAUUAAAACAUGGGGGGUUCCUUGGACCUUCCUCAGUAUCUCCACCAAAUAUUAGCCCUAAAUAUGGGGGGACCCGCGUAGGGCAGACGGUCAGAUUAGUAAAAACAAAAUUGCGAUAGGUAAAUUAACUCGAACGCGUUAGAUUAAGAUAUGGUGGAUUAAUUACAUGAUAAAAAAUGUAAAUUUCAAUAAUCUGAAAAAUUUUGAUCACGCUUGAGUUACUACGGAUAACGCAACUUUGCAAGCUUCCCAUUUCUUUUCGUCUCGCUUAAAUCAUCAGAUUAUUGGAAUGUACAUUUUUUAUCAUGUAAUUAACCCACCAUAUCUUAAUCUAACGCGUUCGAGUUAAUUUACCUAUCGCAAUUUUGUUUUUACUAAUCUGACCGUCUGCCCUACGCGGGUCCCCCCAUAUUUAGGGCUAAUAUUUGGUGGAGAUACUGAGGAAGGUCCAAGGAACCCCCCCAUGUCUUAAUCUGACGCGCUCGAGUAA